CGCGCGGGCGGGAAGGGACGGCGUCGCGCGGCCAGGCGUGGGCGAGGGCGUGGGCGCGAGCGGAGGUCGAAUCCCUGGCGGGCGCCCAGCGAUUGGGCGUCGCUAUUGCUCGCCGAGCGGAAUGGAGGGGACGGCCGUGGCCGUCUGCGAGAAACUGCGGGAAAAUCUGAACAGAGGGAGCACAAUACUGAAAUAUUUAAUUAUUCACUGGAGGUGUGAAACAGCAAGAAUAUCAAAGGGAGCAUUGCUAGAAGGAGAGCUAGUGAUUUCCAUAGAAGCAUUAAAUUCUAAGCACCAGGCAAAUACUCUUCAUUGUGUAACAACUAUUGCUUCUGCAGGAAGCAUUUUUGGCGGUUUGGUCCUCAAGAAGUUCCUAAAAGGAAUACAGUCUAUACUGCCUGGACUCUCUGCAGAGCUGAACUGGACUUCAGAGGAAGCCAGCUAUUCUCAGGACGUGUCAGGGGUAACACCCUUCCAGAUGAUUUUUGAGAUUAGAUUUAAUUUUAGUGUAAAGGUGAAUGGAAUCCUCUCCAUGGAGAUCUUUGGGGCAGAGAAUGAACCUACUUUGAACCUGUCAAAUGGAAUUGCUCUUGUCGUAAACUAUCAGCAUUAUGUGAGUACACCAAAAUUUGGUACAACUGAAUUACUCUGCAGCAGAAUCCAUCCUGUGCUAGGAUAUCCAGUAAUGCUCUUCAUCCCUGAUGAUGUGGCUAAAAUGGGCUUGUUGGGGGAGCUGAUACUGACUCCAGCUGCUGCUCUCUGUCCUUGCCCAAAGGUCUUUUCCAACCAGCUGAAUAGGAUUUCUUCAGCUUCCAUAUUUCUAUAUGGACCUUCAGGUCUGCCUCUGAUAUUGCCAAAUCCGGAGCAGCCAGCUUCUACUAUCUUCAAAGAUACCUCUUAUUUCAUUAACUGGAAGAAAUACCACUUGUGUAUGGUGCCCAAUUUGGAUUUCAAUUUAGAUAGAGAUUUGGUGCUUCCAGAUGUGAGUUAUCAGGUGGAAUCCAGUGAGGGGGAUCAGACUCAGAAUAUGGACCCCCAGGGACAAACUCUGCUGCUUUUUCUCUUCGUGGACUUCCACAGCGGAUUUCCAGUCCAGAAAAUGGAACUCUGGGGAGUCCACACUUUGCUCACAACUCAUCUCGGUGCCAUUCUCACGGAGAGCCACAGUGUGGUGCAAGAUUCCAUCCAGGUCGCUGUGGACCAGGCCUUGGAGCAGCAUCACCAGGCUGUCAAGGCUCAUCAGAAACUACAGGCCUCACUCUCAGUGGCUGUGAAUUCCAUCAUGAGUAUCAUGACUGGAAGCACAAGCAGCAGCUUCCGAAAGACAUGCCUCCAGACGCUUCAAGCAGCUGACACACAGGAAUUUGGGACCAAGCUGCAUAAAUCAUUUCAUGAGAUCACCCAGAACCGAUUUCUUCACCACUGCUCACGUGAGGUGAAGCAGCUGCUCCCAGAGAAAAACAAUGCAGAGCAGAGCACAGAGGAUGCACAUGAGAACAGCAGCCUGGAGCUCCUUGCAGGGACCAGCGGGCAAGUAGAAAACAAGAGUCUCAAAAGAGGCAGCCUUUGCCAAGGAGUGGGGGAGACGCGGGCUUUCCGCUCCCCUCGGGCCCUGAACCCGUCAGAGGCCGCCUUGGGCCGCGCGGAACCCACCGCGGCUCCCCUGACCCCUAGCAGAAACAGGACGGGCCCCAGGAGCGGCCUGGAGGACGCGCUGUGGCUCCAGGAAAUCUCCAAUCUGUCAGAGUGGCUGAGUCCCGGCUCUGCGUCCUGAACCGGGCCCCCUCCCGCCGCCUCCACGUCGGCCCCGCCGCUGCCGGGGCCGCGUGUUGUCUGUAGUUCAAUAAACC